AUGAACAAUAAGUCCGAGAUAACCAACUGUGGGAGGACGGAUUCUGUCAGACUGCCAGGAAAUGCACUCGAUACCAGCGAGCAGGGCAUCCGUCUCAUGGGGAAGACUAAUCAUCGAGCAGACAUCCUAGAACAAAGCAUCAGCAACAGCACGGCGACAACUGCAGCAACAAUAAUUUUGGGCGACAAGACUGGGGAUUCCAACAACUGUAACAGCAACAACAGCAGCAUCCGGUGCAACAGCAGCGACCUGCAAACACCCGGUCUCCGCUCUGAGGCUCAGUGCUUCCCUCACGGUGAUGCAGACAAAUCGGCGGCCAUUGUCGCCCGCGAUGAGAAACCGGAACUUGCCGUCUCAGCCUCGACUUCGGAAUCGACCUUGACCCCCGACGGGACAGGGCAGGACGAGGUCACCUUCUGCGACCCCAGACAAAACCAGGUGUUUCAGGUGUUGAGUGGUGUCCAGCAACUUCGGCGGAGUGGUCAGUUUGCGGAUUUAACGGUCAAGGUUCGAGACCAAGAAUUCAGAUGUCAUCGUUUUGUUCUGGCGGCAAACUCUCCCUUCCUUCGCUCCAUGAUUGAGGACCACAAGCAGACGAGAGGGGAGAUGGAGCAGGAGAGGCUGAAGCUCAACGACGGUGGCGACAGCAACUCGGCGGAGAUGAAUGACAACAACAACAGCAACAACAACAACUGCAGCAACAACAACAGCAACAACAACAACUGCAACAACAGUAACGACAACAUCAGUCACAUGUGUCCUGGUAACAGUGGUACCGCCAUGAGCAGUGACUCAAGCAGCAGUGACAUCAUCGUUCUGAGGGGCAUUCAACCGGAGGUGUUUUCAAAGAUCCUGGACUUCAUGUACUGUGUCUUUGAUGAGGUCCUCAACGAAGACAACGCCUUGGACAUGCUCCUGGCUGCUGACACGUUCCAGCUGACUUAUCUGAGGCGAACAUGCGCCUCGUUUAUUACCGAAGCCCUGUCUGUGAAGAACGUGUUUGACGUCAUCAGACUGUGUGACUCUGGAUGCGCCCACCUGUUUGAACCCAAAGUGCUAAGACGCAGCCGACAGGUCAUCCGCGAGAACUUUACACAGCUAAGCUCCACCGACGAGUUCCUCACCUUAAACCGACAUCACAUGAUCCUGCUGACGGCCGACAGUAUGCUGUGUGCUGACAACGAGAUGGACGUCAUCCAGGCACUGCUGAGGUGGGUCAAAGUUCGUCCCGAAGAGAGGUCGGCCGAUCUGACCUUGAUGCUGCAGCACAUCCGGUUUCCGCUGAUGACGUCACGUGAACUCGACGCCCUCAAGGAGAUCCCGUUGUUGAGGGAGAACUGCCUGGCCAUGGCCUUGAUCGAGGAGUCCAGGGCUUAUGGGAACAUGGACUACACGGACCGAAUGGCCUGGCCGCGCCACAACGCCAUCUCGCGAUGCCUGUUUCCGGCCCGAGACUUCAUCCUGUGGACAGCAGACCGCGACAAGGGCCUCCACUUCUACUCCAUCAUUGACGGCCUCCACCACAAGAUCACCAGCUUCGGCGAGCUGACGGCGCCCACCUCCAGUGGGUUCUUGUUCGACAGCACCUCCUCCGUGUGCUGCUAUGGCGACAGCAUCUAUUUCACAG